AUGCGCAUUAAAUUCGCAAUGCUAAAGGAGAAGAGCGUUAUUCAUUUAUUAUUAUUAUUAUUAUUAUUAUUAUUAUUAUUAUUAUUAUUAUUAUUAUUAUUAUUAUUAUUAUUAUUAUUAUUAUUAUUAUUAUUAUUAUUAUUAUUAUUAUUAUUAUUAUUAUUAUUAUUAUUAUUAUUAUUAUUAUUAUUAUUAUUAUUACAGGUUUACUUUAUUAUACUUCUAUAG